AUGGGCUUUAAAACACCUGAGAUACCUUACGAGCUGAAAGUUGGCAGAGACAUCAAUACUGUCUUCAAUCUUCACCAAGUGAUAAGUGAACAGCAAGAUUACUUUGACUUUGUCUUGGUAGACAUCUGUAAUGCUCUUAACUUCAGAACUGACGCCACAAUCUCUUCCAGAGACAUUGCUUUAACAAGAGCAGACACCUGUGUGAAGAGCCACUAUUGGUCUGAUUUCGUCCUAGCCAAGAUCAACUCUUACAUGACUGACUGUGAUUCUCCUUAUGAGCAUAUUAGGCUCAGAUCUGAGGCAAUCAUGACUUAAGAGAUCAACUUUGCCAUGCAUUUGAGUGUGCAUGCAGUUGUUGUCGACAUGCCCAAAUCAUCUAGAAUAGAGAACUUCGCCAGAAUCCUUGACCAGUACUUCUAGAAUGUGCACACUAGUAUGAAGUUCAUUCUAAGAAUUGAGAUUCCAUCUGAGUUUUAAGAAGCUGAGGAACAAUACGAAAAGUAUACACAGUUCAAGAUGCUUUGUGGUCAUUACAAUGGGCUAUAAAUAAUCUUGCAGUUUGGAGCAAACUUACCCUCUUGGGAUAGCUUUAGCAAAAGAUGGACUGGAGAUAAGAUAUUCGGGGUCUAGUUGGAUACAGAUUCAUUCCUUACCAAUUAAAAAGGUUACCCAGUGCUUUCUAAGGCUCAUCAAGAGACUUUCAAAUGGCUAAUGAAGCAAAAUGUUAAUUUUAUCUUGAAGGGAAAGCAUCCAAGUGACGAUCUAGACAAGCAUUAUCAGUAUCUAUGCCACCUCUUCAAGAAUCAUGAUGUGCUAGAUGAGGAGGAAAAGAUUGAAGUCUCCUACAGAAACUUCCUUUAGUCCCCACUUCAACCUCUCGCUGAUAACUUAGAGGCUGCUACCUAUGAGGUAUUUGAAAAUGACACAAUCAAGUAUGAUAUCUACGAGGACUCACUGUAUCGCGCUUAUUAAGACAAGAAGAAAUACGGCAGGUUCUUUUAAACCAAUGCCAGUCUUGCUAACAAUGAUUAGGAGAACAUCGAAAUGAGAGACCCGUCUAGUGAUCCAGAUGAGCCCAUAGUGGUUAUGUACUUCGGAGCUGGUAGAGGCCCACUUAUUAGAAGAGCCAUUAAAGCAGCUUAGAGAGCUGAUGUUAAGAUCAAGGUUAUCGCUCUAGACAAGAACCCUAAUGCCAUUGUUACUCUUAGAAAUAUGAUCAUUGAUGAAAAUCUAUCAGAUAGAGUGACUUUGUUUGCUGGGGACAUGAGAAAGAUUGCCAUUGGAGAUCUCCAAGGAGACAUCUUAAUGUCUGAGCUCCUUGGGUCAUUUGGAGAUAAUGAGUUGAGUCCAGAGUGCUUAAACCCAACUGAUAAGUUCUUAAAGAAAGGAGGAAUCUUUAUCCCCUUCUCCUAUACUAACUAUGUCGUUCCAAUUUCAAGUUAGAUACUAUGGAAUGAAGUCAAUGUAUAUGCUAACUCCACUAUUUCAAAUAGAAUCUCUAUAUCUCAGUAGCUGUAUCCCUUCGAACUACCUUAUGUAGUUAAAAUCUACUCAGCUACCUAUCCAUGUGGAGAUAAGACCUAAGAAGUGUUCACCUUCAGACACAUUCCAUACCCAGAUGAUCCAAAAAUUGCUCACAUUCCUGAAGGUGAGGGAUAAUCUAUGAGAAAGUACGAUAGAAAAAUCUUUGUAGUUAAGGAGGAACAAUCUGAGAUUCAUGGAUUUGGGGGUUAUUUUACUGCAGAAUUAUAUCAAGAAAUAAUCUAUAGCACAAAUCCUGAAGUUCAUACUCCAAAGAUGCAUUCCUGGUUCCCUAUGUACUUCCCAGUUAAGGAGCCUUUCAUUGCAUUCAAGGGUCAAGAAGUAAUCAUAUCAAUCUGGAGGAAUAAUUCUUAAGCUAAAGUAUGGUAUGAAUGGUCUAUGAGUGUAUACGAUCCAGUAAAGAAUAAGACUAUUUAUUCCACUCAUAUUCACAACAUUAAUGGAAGAGGAUUCAGCAUUGGUCUUUGA